CGACCCUACGAAAUACCUUGCAGAAUUUCUCGUGGAAGUCUGUGGCGAUUCCGGCGACGUAAACGAGCGGAGUCUUCGUCGAUAAGAAGGAGCUCCGCAGGAAGAGGGCGACGCAAACGUACCUCUGGGUCCGUCGUGGUGUUGUCCGCCGGGGGUGGCGGUGGCAGUGGAGGCGGAGGAGGUAGACGUCGUGAUUUGGAACGUCGAACGGGUGGCGGUCGGGGUGUUCCCUGUCUUGCCACCAUCAGCUCUUCUGUCGCAGGAUCCGCGGGGGGUUGCGGCCCCGUGGUGGGACUCCCCUCCUAUAAAAAGCGCCAAGGCAGUAGUACUGUUUGGAGUCGCGCAAGUCGUGGACGUGGCAGAGGUCGCGGGGGCGGCGCGAACCUCUUUGGUUCCGGCGUCGCCCCCGCGAAUUACGCACCAGGACUGCAGGGCGUUGCGCCUGGGCUGCGGGAGGUUGUGAAUAUCCUCGGCAAGAGGAAUCAAGCUGGUACCCUGUCGGGCGUAGACCCGCCGCCGGGAACGCUGGAUAACGACAGCGAUGAGGAGGGGACUUCCACCAAGAGACCACCAAGACCUCUCUACAGGAGGUUAAUCAACUACGUGAGGCAAGCCUGGACCGGCGUCAAAUUCGCCCUAGACUCGGAAUACGAGGAAGAGCAAACACCAAGAUACAGGCCAGACUCCUUAGCGAGCCUUUGUCGAGCGACCAGAUUCACAGAAGCUGAACUGAAGAGAAUAUAUCGCGGCUUCAAGGCUGAAUGUCCUACGGGAGUCGUCAGGGAAGAUACUUUUAAGUGCAUCUAUUCGCAAUUUUUUCCCCAAGGAGCCAAUACAAGCCAAUAUGCUCAUUACGUUUUUAAUACUUUGGACCAGGAUCACAGCGGGCUUCUUAGUUUCGAGGAUUUUGUUACGGGUUUGAGUAUACUUGCUCGUGGCUCGAUAGAUGAAAAACUUCGUUGGACGUUUUCUCUUUAUGAUAUCAACGGCGACGGAUGUAUCACGAGGGAGGAGAUGACGGACAUUGUGACUGCCGUAUAUGAGCUGAUGGGAAAAUUUUCUGAUCCCAACUUGGACCAUGAGGGUGUACGCGAGAAAGUGGAUCGUAUGUUUCAGAAAAUGGAUGGCAACAGAGAUGGUGUAGUGACGCUAUCCGAGUUUUUAGAAGCUUGUCGAGCAGAUCCGGAUAUCUCAACCAGCAUGGCUGCUCUAGACACUGCCUUCUGACACUCAUCGCGUCCGUAAUACAUACCAUGGACUUGAAGGGAUCACUCGAU